AUCACUGCUGUGUUCAUCUAGAAAACAUCAUGGGCCAAUAAUUUGAUUUUCUUUUUUAAUGGCGGAUGCUAAAACUGAAACCAAUUCCCCAAAGACAUAACAGCACAGAGGAAAUAGAGAAAAUGUCAGAUGAAUACAUAAUCUUUGAAUCUGCAAAGCUUUGAAACCCACAAGCUCAGGAAAUUGUUCAUCAGUAUACAUGAGUAAAGACUCGCUGCGUUCACUGUCAGUUAACUGUUCAGAAACGAAAGACAUGAGAGCGCGUCAGAUGUGUGGGUGUUUUCCAGCUGUUCUCAGGGCUGUUCUCAUCACUGAGAGUCUGCUGACGAGCGUGAGAGGCGACGGGGCAGGCUCUGGCGAAACAAUAGAUAUUAAAUAUGCUUUGAUCGGAGGCGGGAUCGGCCUGUUCAUUGUGGCCGGGUUCAUUAUUUUGAAGGUCUGCAUGAUCAGGAAGCAGGCGCAGGAAAACGGCACAGAUGACAGAAUGAGGAGACCCUCGGAGCCUCACCUAUUUACUAUGAGCCAUCUCAGCCAAUCAGAGCAACCCAUUGCGUUGGUGUCCCGUGACAUGCAGUGUUAAAGGUCAGGCAGAGUGGUAUUCAGGAUGAUGUGAACUCCGCACAAGUUGGCUCCUGGGUGGCAGCUCAACCGGGCAGACCCGCCGUCUCGUCACCGACGCCAACAUGGAUCUGUUUUACCUCACACUAUUGUUCCUCAGUAACAUGUGUCAUUAUCCUGUUUUUCUAAAUAAAUGUCUGUGGAGGAUUUGUAAU